AGCAGCGUAGGGCUCCUCGGCAGGAGCUCUGCUCCCUACCGCUCUGAUUCUUAGGACAAUGUCAGGAAUUCCAGCUCCUCUAUCGCAGGUUCUGCUAUAUUGUAGAUCUCAAAAGGUUCUAAAGGCAGGAGACCACAAAAUGCGCGAUAAAAAGGUCAUUAAACAACAGAUGAGCUGAAAAUAACACCCAGCUGCAAGGCAAGAUGCUGCCCGGGGAACUUCAGCUGCCCAGAAGAGAGACUAAAUUACUGGUGCUUUUAAUGUUCAUCUUUCUUCUUUGUCAGUCAGAGCCAAUGAUCCAAACCACAUCCACUGCACUGAGUUCAAAGAUGGUCUCAGCGUUACAGGGUGAAACGGUGAAAGCAGUCUGUGCGCAGAACAUCGAAGAAACGGAAGGGUUCGCUAUAACUCUGAGAAGAAACGGCAGCUCUACUGAGCUGUGUUACAUACAGCUUGGAAAUUUCACCAUUUGGAGCAGAAAUUGCACAGAGCGUAUAAACCUAGAAUACGAUAAGCCGACAAAAGGGAUUUAUGUUGUUAUGGAGAGAGUCUCUGUCAAAGAUUCUGGUGUUUACAGCUGCAUCUUGGACAAGACACUUCCCCCUCCUGUGAGAACGCAAAGCCAGUCUAACAUUUCCCUCACCGUGUCAGCCCUUCCAGUGGUUGAGGUUUCUUUGGCCUCUUCUUCACCCAUUGACAAGGAGACCACGUUAACUUGCAGUGCUUGGGACUUCUAUCCUGGGGACAUCCAGCUCUCCUGGAGUAAGGGCAGCCAGUUGCUCACUAACUCAACAAGGAAUGACUCUCUGUUCCACAAUAGCAACGGGUCUUAUUCCUAUAUAAGUAACAUUGUUGUUUCCAAACAUGACUGGAAUGAAUUUGCCCAGUUUUCCUGCCAAGUGAAUCACUCUACACUGAAAAUGCCUGUUGUGAAAAACCUCACCCUGACCCAGUCUGAGAAAGCAUCUUUAGAUUACACCCUGUGGAGCCUUGUCAUAGUGUUUGGUCUCUUAGCAAUAUUGCUAGCAAUAAUUGUGGCAAAGUCUGUGAAAUUAAGAUUCAAGUCCACAUCACAGAGCUCCGCAGAAAGGGGAUUGCCAGAGACAGCUGAGACGCAUCCUCCACAAGAAAGCCAGAGUGAUACAACCUAUUCACUGCUUACUCAUUAUCCAGGAUCUGCUUUAUGAGCUGCUGUCAAGUGUAGUAUGUGGGCCCUGAAAUAGAGAAGAAGAAAAUGUUGCAUCCCAUUGCAGUCUUCAGUGCUGGAUGUGCCUAUCGGAUGAUUAGAGACAGGAGCAUCUAGAGAAACAAAUAAUGACUUGCUCCUGGUAAUACUGAAACCUAGAGCUGUUAAACCAGUGAAGUAAAAGCAGGGGCAGAGCAGUUUGCUGGACACUCGUUGGAAUUCUCAGAGAUAAGACAGUAUUAUGAAACAAGACGACAGGCAUGUAAUGUGACACAUAAAGGGAAUUCAAACACACAGGGGAUUUUUUAAAAGGUGCCCAAUCUGAGUGCCAGGUUACUAUGUGCCUUGGGGAGAUAAUGCACUGGAGGUGGAGCAUUAUGGGCAUGACCAUGAGGUUAGGUGAUUGUAUGCAUCCAGCAGCACUUGAUACUCUUCCUUUUGAGUCAGUAUUGAACCAAUAUUCCCUCAGAACAGUAGGGGGAUGUUUUUGUUCAAGGCUCUGCUUUUCAGAUAUCAUGUUAAGCUUAGGUACCAACCACUUAUGAUCAUUAAAUGCCAAAUACAUCAUAUGUAAGAUAAUGAGUGUUCUGGGUAUAUUCCUGUGUAACAGCAGUCUGUCGAAAAUUCCCCGUCUAGUUUAAUUCAGAUACAGCAUGAUGUGUGCUGUCACACAUCUGCCAUAUUCCACCACCGAGGUGGCUGCAUUUCAGUAGCUGGCAAAGUGAUCCAGCAUGCAGUAUGUAGUUUGCAAACCACUUUGUGAGGUGCUUGGGAAGCUUUUUGGAUGAAAAGAGAUAAAUAAAUGCAAUGUUUUAUCACUGAGUGAAAUAACCCUGCACUUAUUUUCUUCACAAACGUUACACAAAUCCUUACUCUCACCAUAUUUGAUUGUAUUACUCUUUGCUUCCUCAGCCAUAGGCACUUUAUGAAAGACACUGAUGAUCUAAGUUGUUGACUUUCAUGGAAAAAACUAUCACCAUGCAGCAAUAAGAAUAGCUAUAUAUUUUUUACUAUAGUCGUACUAAUCCUCAGUUCCGGGUUAUUAUACCCAGGACACUGGAGUAUAUUAAUGCAUUGAAAUUUCUAGACUUGAGAUCAAAAUGGAGGUGCUAUUGGGAAGAAAAUGGUGUUGUAGGUCAGGGCUUUCUGUUAAGUAUGUGUUCGCUUGUCCAUAAUUUGUUCUCAUGUGUC